CACUAAUCUCAUCACCGUUUAUCCAAAUAUUUUGAUGUAAAAAGAAGAGUAAACUUAAGAAAUCUCCAAACGAUAUAUACAACGAAGAGAGGGAAAUUAGUCAAGCAUUCUAUUUUUAGUUCCUAUUAACUCGCCUAAUUAUAAGCAUUUUCUUCUUCCUCCUUCCCUAUAUUAACAAUAUCUUUUUCAAACCAUUUUUUCUUCUUCUCUUUUGAAGUUUUGUAGAUUACUGAUCAAGCAUUAUAUCAACUUACGAUUUGGAUGAAUCAAAAUCUCUUCCUGCUUCGCCAACAUGGGUCGGGUGAAAUUAGAGAUCAAGAGAAUAGAGAACACAACAAAUCGACAAGUUACGUUUUCAAAACGUAGAAAUGGUUUGAUUAAGAAAGCUUAUGAAUUGUCGGUUCUUUGUGAUAUCGACAUUGCUCUCAUUAUGUUCUCUCCUUCUGAUCGCCUUAGCCUCUUCUCCGGAAAAACUCGGAUUGAAGACGUUUUUACAAGAUUCAUCAAUCUUCCUAAACAAGAACGAGAGAGUGCUCUAUACUUUCCCGACCAGAAUAGACGCCCAGAUAUUCAAAACAAAGAGUGUCUACUAAGGAUUUUGCAGCAACUCAAGUCUGAAAAUGACAUCGCUCUUCAACUCACGAACCCUGCAGCUAUUAACUCCGACGUCGAGGAACUUGAGCAUGAAGUUUGUAGGUUACAACAACAACUUCAAAUGGCAGAAGAAGAACUAAGGAGAUACGAACCGGAUCCAGUAAGAUUCACGACCAUGGAGGAAUACGAAGUUUCUGAGAAGCAACUUCUCGACACUCUAACACAUGUUGUCCAAAGGCGAGACCAUCUCAUGAGCAACCAUUUAUCUUCUUAUGAAGCAUCUACUAUGCAACAAAACAUUGGUGGUCCUUUUGUUAACGACGUUGUUGAAGGUUGGCUACCUGAAAAUGGGCCCAAUCAAACCCAUUUAUUUGAUGCAUCAGCACAUUCCAAUCAACUCAGAGAAUUAUCAUCGGCAAUGUAUGAACCAUUGUUGCAAGGAAGUAGCUCAAGCUCGAACCAAAACAACAUGAGUGAAUGCCACGUGACGAACCACAACGGUGAAAUGUUCCCUGAGUGGGCUCAGACGUAUUCAUCCUCGGCCUUAUUCGCUUCUAUGCAACAACAGCAUGGAGGUGUGGGUCCCAGUAUCGAAGAGAUGAUGCCAGCUCAGCAAGGAGAUAUUCCGGCAGUGACGGCGGAGGCACAAGCUGAUCAGGAAGUCGCCGACUAUGAAACAAAGGUUCCUCAGCUCAGUAGCCAAUAAUCUCAACCAUGUAUUAUUUAUUUAUGUAUUACCAUUUUUUUCAUUUUUUUCCUUCAACCCCAGAAAAAAAACUGGAAUUUUUGUCAUGAUGACAUGAGAAGACGAUGCCGAAUCGUGUUACAUUUGUAAUACCAUUUUUUUGGCAACACCAUUUAGUUUUCUUUUUUAAUGUGAUAUUAUAAGGUUUUGUAGGCAAUCACAGUUUUUUGGGCGUAAAGCAAAUCAAGUUUUAUCUUCAUU